AAAAAACACUAUAAUGACUAGUAUGAACUUUGAGACUAAGGUCUCUACUGUGGAUGACUUCGAUCCCGUAGAAGAACAGAAAACUGGGAAGACCAUUAAGUACUACACCUACACUGUGAAGGGCAAUAAGAAGAGAAUCGAGGAGAGAAAGAAGAAAUGGAAAAUCUUCAACAAAGAUACUGGCGGUGCCAAAGAAAGAAUCGGAAAUAUGCAGAAGGAAAAUCACAAAGAUCUCGACAUUGUCCAGAAAAUGCAGAAGAGAAGAGGCCUCAAGGACCCGAAGCUGGAAGAAUUCCAAAAGAGAUUAAACGAAGUUGACUCUGGAGCUGCCCAAGAGGAGCUCAGAAAGAAGGAAAUCGAGAGGCAGAUUUUCCUUGAAGAGAAGAGGAAGAGAGAAAUGGAAAGCCAACUCCCUGGCUCCCUCCAAGGAGUCAAUGUUGAUGACCUUGAUAUGAGAUCUGUCAAGGUUAGCAGUAUCCCAGAAUCAUGCACUGAAGAAGAGCUUAUUGAGAUUUUCUCACAGUACGGUAAAGUAUGGAGAUGUAAAAUUCCAAUCUCCUAUGGAAGAAAUGGCAAACCCCUCACUAAGCACAAAGGAUUCGGAUUCGUUAACUUUGAGCGUGAAGAAGAUGCUAAAAGGGUUGUUGAUAUGCACGAAGUUGAAUACGGCUUCACAUUCCUAUUGGCUGAAUACGGAAGAAAGCCAAAAGACAGAUCAUAAUCUAUUGAUUCAAACCAUUCAAUC